AUGAGCGAAAAGUCUAUUAAUUCGUAAGUGUUUGAAGUCGUUUUAAUCUUACAGUGUAAUGUCUAAACUUAAUUUAAAAUUUACAAAUUUAGCAUUGAAAAGAAGACUUCAAUUGUCCUGGAACCGGGUGUAAGUGCAGUGAAAGAAUCUAUACCACAAGAUGGGGUAAGGUGAUUAAUGAAAUAAGUUACAAGUCCCCUCCAACUUUAACUAUAAUUUCCAUUUAGGGUUGUACCAUCAUUAUCAGGGUCCUUUUGGCCACACUAUUUAUGACGGCUGGACUAUUGGCAAUCUUGUAUUCAAUUAACAACGGUGAGUAUACUAAUGCUACUAGCAACCUUUUAAGCCGAACCUGAUGAACAUGAAAAGAAUACGACAGUUGAAGGCUUCAAUGCAAUUUACAGAAACCAGAUCAGCCUAAACGGAAUCUUAACUAUAGAAAGUAAGAAAAGAGAAGACAAAAAUGUAGGUAUUUCAGAAUGCUGCGUUUUAAUAAUAAAACGCAUGAUAACAUUCAAGCCUUGUUUAUAAUAACUUAAUUCUAGAUAGAAAAACAUGCAGUACAAUGGAUACAAGACCAUGACCGCCAAUUCGUACUACUCAACAUUUCUAAUUCGGAUAAUGACUUUGUAGAGUACUUUGUACAAUCAGACAAGAUGUUCGUGCUAAACAACAAGGAAUGUACCAACUCAAGUAAUGUUUCUGGUUACAUGGACUUUUUCGUAUCUUUGGGACUACAAGGUUUGAAAAGUACUCGGAAUGAAAUCAUUAAAGUAAACGAUAAAAUGAAGGAAGUCGAGGUCUACCAAGACAGACCGAGUCUCCACUUUUCGUUCGACGAAUCUGAUAAUCUACCAAAAUAUGCCAUUGGGUAUCAAGGUGCAGAAAAUGGUAAUAAUAAACAAUAUUUUUAUAUACACAUUAUAAUGUUUGAUAUAACCCACUUAUAAAAAACUUUUCAGGCUUGUUCUACGGUUGGCAGCUUUACUAUGAUACUGAAGAGUCUGCUACAGAAUGGAAAGAAUUCUGGUUCGAAGACAUGAAACAAGAAGUCCCUAAUCCUGAUAUCUUUUUCGAUCUGUUAAAACGUUGUAGCAGGCUUUAA